GUACCAUCUCUGGUGAUCCUCACUACUACACGUUUGACAAUCAGGUUUUUCACUUUCAAGGGACCUGCACAUACGUUCUAUCAGAGGCUUGCGGUAUUGGAUUGCCAUAUUAUCGCAUUGAAGGCAAAAAUGAGCAUAGGGGUAGCACGCAUGUGUCUUGGACACGGAUGGUUAGAGUGUUUGUCUAUAAUAAAGUAAUUGAACUGGUCAGAGGUCACAACUAUGAAGCAAGGAUUAAUGGAAGCUUUGCAGCAACACCGUUCUCCCUACGCAAUGGCUCCAUCCAAGUCUAUCAGUCAGGUUUUUCUUUGGCCAUCAGCACAGACUUUGGUCUGCUUGUUACAUAUGAUGCAUACAGCUACGUCAGGAUAUCUGUACCAUAUGACUAUCAGAAUGCCACCUGCGGUCUGUGUGGAAACAAUAACCUGCGCUCUGAUGAUGACUUCCGUUCACCCAGUGGGGAGAUCUUAAGCUCAGAUGUGGACUUUGCCAACAGUUGGAAAGUAGAUAGUGACACAGACCCUGAGUGCCAUAAUGUCAGGUGCACAGGUCUGGCUUGUGCCGUUUGCACCACUGAUGAAACAAAUCGUUACAGUGACACAAACCACUGUGGAAUCCUUGGAGAUGUUGCUGGUCCAUUUGCCGCUUGCCAUUCUGUUCUUGCGCCACAGACGUACAUGGAGAACUGUGUCUAUGACCUUUGUUUGGGAGAAGGGUACCAGCCAAUUUUGUGCCAGGCUCUGAAUGUGUAUGCCACUCAGUGCCAACAACAGGGUGUACACCUUGGGCAGUGGAGGCAGCAAGGAUUUUGUGAAAUUCAGUGCCCUGAACACAGUCAUUUUGAGCCUCAAGGAACAGGCUGCCCAGCAACAUGUAAUAAUCCAUCCGCCCCAAUGAACUGCCCCUUGCCAAAUCAGGAAAGUUGUAUCUGUGAUCCUGGGUACAUUCAAAGUGCUGGAGUGUGUGUGCCUCAAGCAAACUGUGGUUGUACGUUUGAGGGUUUUUAUUACGCUGAAGGACAAUCGGUAGUGUUGGACAGUGACUGUGGGAGACAAUGUGUGUGCAGCAACAUGUCAAUGAUCUGCCAUCAGUAUCAGUGUGGUCCAGGAGAGGUGUGUGAGGUCCAUAAUGGUGUCAGAGGCUGCAGACCAAUUGGUUAUGCUACCUGCUCAGUUGAAGAUCUAGGAUCAUAUCACACCUUUGACGGGCAAAUUUUCAGAUAUGCUGGAGCAUGUGGACUGACCCUAGCUAGAGUAAUGGGGCAAUGCUCUUUGCCACACUUUGUAUUGACCGUGGAGAAAGUACCCAGAGGUUUUCAGAACUUUUCCAGGUUUUUGAAGUUCGAGGCAGGAGGAAUCCAGGUCUCCAUUGAAAUGGGAGAGGGAAGCAAUGUAAAGGUGGAUGGACAGAUGGUUGGUUUGCCUGUCAGUGUUGGCUCUGGUCAAAUCCGCAUCUAUCACAGCAGUGUGAGGGGUUUUGUUUUGGAAACAAACUUUGGGGUGACAGUGAGGGCCGACUGGCCACACAUUGUCCGCAUCACAGCGCCAAGCACCUACAAUGGCACACUUGGAGGUCUGUGUGGAAACCUGAAUGGAAAUAUCGCUGAUGAGUUUUACACACCAGAUGGCGUCCUUUUAAACGACACUCAACUGUUUGCGGGCAGUUGGCGUGAUGGAUCCCUGUCAGCCCAUUGUGAGGAGCCAUUCAACAGCUGGGAGCCAGGACAUUUUCAGAGCAGGAGCCAGUUCAGUCAACAGUGUGGUAUCAUGGCUUUGCUUGAUGGACCGUUCGCUGAGUGCAGCAGGACAUUUAAUCCUCAACAGCGAAUUGCUGAUUGUGUUCAGUUGCUGGAGCAAACACAAGGUGCCAAAGAGGCUCUAUGUGAGGCUCUGCGAGGUUACACACUGCUUUGUCAACAGAAUGGAGUUGCGGUAGAAGACUGGAGAAAUGUCACCAACUGUGAACCCAUCUGUCCAAAUAAUACCCAUUAUGAAGUAUGUGGCACCUCCUGUCCUGCAUCCUGCCCCAGCCUCUCAUUCCCAUUCCAGUGCAGCUUGCAGUGCCAGGAGGGAUGUCAGUGUAAUGAUGGAAAUGUGUUAACUGGAGAUCACUGUGUGCCCCCCAUGGGUUGUGGUUGUCACUACUCUGGGAGGUAUUAUCAGGCUAGACAGAGAUUCUGGCAUGGUCAAGGGUGCCAGUUCUUGUGUGUUUGUGAUGGAAUUACUGGAAAUGUCCAGUGCACACCAGCAUCUUGCAGGGAAGAGGAAGUCUGCCAAGUGUUGGAUGGCGAAUAUGGCUGCCAUCCUCGUCCACAAGCACGUUGCUCUGCUUCCGGAGACCCUCAUUACAUGUCUUUUGAUAGAACCUUCUUUGACUUCCAGGGCACAUGCCGCUAUGUGCUAGCCACAGUAUGCAAUGACACCAUUGGUCUUCCACAUUUCCAGGUGGAUGCAAGGAAUGAACCAUGGCAUGGACUCACAGUGGCAAUUACAGUGGAAGUUUUUGUCAACGUCUCUGGGCAUUUGGUACACAUGUCACAGGAUUUAAAUGGUCAUUCUGCUGUUGAGGUUGAUGGAGAGACCAGAAACCUCCCCGUUCUGCUUAAUUCUGGUCGUGUAUCUGUCUACUCCAGCGGACAGUACAUAUAUGUAUCUACUGACUUUGGCUUUGUUGUGAGUUAUGGAGGCUCCUGGACACUGAACAUCAUCAUACCAGCAGAGUACAGCGGUGUUACAUGUGGCCUGUGUGGAAACUUUAACGGCCAGAGCAGCGAUGACUUCAUGACUCCUUCAGGUGAUCUGGUGCGCUCAGCAGACCAGUUUGGGGCAAGUUGGAAGGUUGAAGAUGGCCUGUCAUGCAAUGAUGGCUGUGGAAACAAUUGCCCAUUGUGCCAAGAUCAGACAACUGCCCGUUCACUGUGUGAAAUCAUCAGGUCCAGUGAAGGCCCAUUUAGCUUCUGCCAUGUUUCUGUAGACCCUCAAGCCUACUAUGAUGACUGUGUGUUUGAUGUGUGUCUGUCUGGAAACCGUAAUAAUGUCCUGUGUCGCUCAAUUCAAACCUACGCUAGUGCCUGUCAGGCAAACAAUGCUGUCAUCUACCCAUGGAGAGAAAGUGCAUCCUGUGCUAUGGCCUGCUCAAAUAACAGUCACUAUGAGUUGUGUGGAACAGACUGUGGUCAUACUUGUGCCAGCAGCAUUGAUGCUAGUUGUGAUCACACAUGCUCAGAGGGAUGUUUCUGUAAUGAUGGAUUGGCGAGGAGUGGAGGACAGUGUGUAUCAGUGGAGCAAUGCGGCUGCUCGUAUGAUGGAUUCUACAUUAACGUUGGUGAGCGGUUCUGGAAUCUAGAAUGUUCACAAGUCUGUCAGUGUUUUGCUCCUAAUGAUCUGCGCUGCUCUGGUUACUUCUGCCCACCGACUAUGGAGUGUACGGUCAGAAAUGGACAACGUGGCUGUUACGAAGAGAGUACGACAUACAUAACCACAACCAGUUCAAGUCUUCCCACAGGACAGAGCCCCAUUAACAUGACGACCACCAGGCCAAUCCCCCCAGCUGUGUUUUAUCCAUUUGGUGAUGGAGACACAGUGAUUGCUCGUUCUGAUGAUGGCAGUUCAUCUGUGAUCUACCUUCUGCAACAGUUCAUUUUUUUUGGACAACGAUAUAGUCGGAUAUAUGUCAACAACAAUGGAGACUUGACUUUUAAUGGGCAGUUUGGCAGCUUUACGCCAUACAGUUUCCCAGGUUAUGGUGGAACAGACAUCAUUGCUCCAUUCUGGACAGAUUUGGACACCCGUGGGAAUGGUGUGGUUUCAUAUCGUCAGUACACCAACAGCAGUGUGCUCACAGAGGCCACACAAGACAUUAACCAAUACUUCCCUGAUCUGAGCUUCUCUGCUACUUGGGUCUUUGUAGCAACAUGGGACAGAGUAGCAUAUUUUCCUCAAUCAAGAACGGAAACAUCUUUCCAAGUGGUUUUGAUUUCAGAUGGCCAUUUCACAUUUGUAUUGAUGAAUUAUGGAACAAUUGCUCCAGCUCAACGUAAUAUACAGGCUGGUUAUGACACCAUCAACUCAAAAUACCAUUUCUCAAUUCCUGGAUCUUUCUCGAAUAACUUCACAAACUUGACAUACAGCAGCAAUGUCAAUGUGCCAGGCAGAUGGGCCUUCAGAACAGAUCAUGGAUCACGUGGUUGUCAGUUUAAUGGUAGUGCAGUGCAGCUUGGAGACUCUUUCUGGAGUGAUGCCACCUGCCGGCAGAAAUGCAUUUGUACCAACAGUGGUCUUCAGUGUAGCCCGGAGCCAUGCAGUUAUUCCCAAGCCUGUCGUCCAGCAGCCUUCCAAUACUCCUGCCAGAACAUUCCACGUCAAACAUGUACCGUCUCUGGUGAUCCUCACUACUACACGUUUGACAAUCAGGUUUUUCACUUUCAAGGGACCUGCACAUACGUUCUAUCUGAGGCUUGCGGUAUUGGAUUGCCAUAUUAUCGCAUUGAAGGCAAAAAUGAGCAUAGAGGUAGCACGCAUGUGUCUUGGACACGGAUGGUUAGAGUGUUUGUCUAUGAUGAAGUAAUUGAACUGGUCAGAGGUCACAACUAUGAAGCAAGGAUUAAUGGAAGCUUUGCAGCAACACCAUUCUCCCUACACAAUGGCUCCAUCCAAGUCUAUCAGUCAGGUUUUUCUUUGCUCAUCAGCACAGACUUUGGUCUGCUUGUUACAUAUGAUGCAUACAGCUAUGUCAGGAUCUCUGUACCAUAUGACUAUCAGAAUGUCACCUGUGGUCUGUGUGGAAACUAUAACCUGCAAUCUGAUGAUGACUUCCGUUCACCCAGUGGGGAGAUCUUGAGCUCAGAUGUGGACUUUGCCAACAGUUGGAAAGUAGAUAGUGACACAGACCCUGAGUGCCAUAAUGUCAGGUGCACAGGUCUGGCUUGCGCUGUUUGCACCACUGAUGAAAGAAAUCGUUACAGUGACACAAACCACUGUGGAAUCCUUGGAGAUGUUGCUGGUCCUUUUGCGGCUUGCCAUUCUGUUCUUGCGCCACAGACGUACAUGGAGAACUGUGUCUAUGACCUUUGUUUGGGAGAAGGGUACCAGCCAAUUUUGUGCCAGGCUCUCAAUGUGUAUGCCACUCAGUGCCAACAACAGGGUGUACACCUUGGGCAGUGGAGGCAGCAAGGAUUUUGUGAAAUUCAGUGCCCUGAACACAGUCAUUUUGAGCCUCAAGGAACAGGCUGCCCAGCAACAUGUAGUAAUCCAUCCGCCCCAAUGAACUGCCCUUUGCCAAAUCAGGAAAGUUGUAUCUGUGAUUAUGGGUACAUUCUCAGUGCUGGAGUGUGCGUGCCUCAAGCAAACUGUGGUUGUACGUUUGAGGGUUUUUAUUACGCUGAAGGACAAUCGGUAGUGUUGGACGGUGACUGUGGGAGACAAUGUGUGUGCAGCAGCAUGUCAAUGAUCUGCCAUCAGUAUCAGUGUGGUCCAGGAGAGGUGUGUGAGGUCCAUAAUGGUGUCAGAGGCUGCAGACCAAUUGGUUAUGCUACCUGCUCAGUUGAAGAUCUAGGGUCAUAUCACACCUUUGACGGGCAAAUUUUCAGAUACGCUGGAGCAUGUGGACUGACCCUAGCUAGGGUGAUGGGGCAAUGCUCUUUACCACACUUUGUAUUGACCGUAGAGAAAGUACCCAGAGGUUUUCAAAACUUUUCCAGAUUUUUGAAGUUCGAGGCAGGAGGAAUCCAGGUCUCCAUUGAAAUGGGAGAAGGAAGCAAUGUAAAGGUGGAUGGACAGAUGGUUGGUCUACCCGUCAGUGUUGGCUCUGGUCAAAUCCGCAUCUAUCACAGCAGUGUGAGGGGUUUUGUUUUGGAAACAAACUUUGGGGUGACAGUGAGAGCCGACUGGCCACACAUUGUCCGCAUCACAGCACCAAGCACCUACAAUGGCACACUUGGAGGACUUUGUGGAAACUUGAAUGGAAAUAUUGCUGAUGAGUUUUACACACCAGAUGGCGUCCUUUUAAACGACACUCAACUGUUUGCGGGCAGUUGGCGUGAUGGAUCCCUAUCAGCCCACUGUGAGGACCCGUUUGACAGCUGGGUGCCAGGACAGUUUCAGAGCAGGAGCCAGUUCAGUCAACAGUGUGGUAUCAUGGCUAUGCUUGAUGGACCGUUUGCUGAGUGCAGCAGGACAUUUAAUCCUCAACAGCGAAUUGCUGAUUGUGUUCAGUUGCUGGAGCAAACACAAGGUGCCAAAGAGGCUCUAUGUGAGGCUCUGCGAGGUUACACACUGCUUUGUCAACAGAAUAGAAUUGCAGUAGAAGACUGGAGAAAUGUCACCAACUGUGAACCCACCUGUCCAGAAAAUACCCAUUAUGAAGUAUGUGGCACCUCCUGUCCUGCAUCCUGCCCCAGCCUCUCAUUUCCAUUCCAGUGCAGCUUGCAGUGCCAGGAGGGUUGUCAGUGUAAUGAUGGAAAUGUGUUGAAUGGAGAUCACUGUGUGCCCCCCAUGGGUUGUGGUUGUCACUACUCUGGGAGGUAUUAUGAGGCUAGACAGAGAUUCUGGCAUGGUCAAGGGUGCCAGUUCUUGUGUGUUUGUGAUGGAAUUACUGGAAAUGUCCAGUGCACACCAUCAUCUUGCAGGGAAGAGGAAGUCUGCCAAGUGUUGGAUGGCGAAUAUGGCUGCCAUCCUCGUCCACAAGCACGUUGCUCUGCUUCGGGAGACCCUCAUUACAUGUCUUUUGAUAGAACCUUCUUUGACUUCCAGGGCACAUGCCGCUAUGUGCUAGCCACAGUAUGCAAUGACACCAUUGGUCUUCCACAUUUCCAGGUGGAUGCAAGGAAUGAACCAUGGCAUGGACUCACAGUGGCAAUUACAGUGGAAGUUUUUGUCAACGUCUCUGGGCAUUUGGUGCACAUGUCACAGGAUUUAAAUGGUCAUUCUGCUGUUGAGGUUGAUGGAGAGACCAGAAACCUCCCCAUUCUGCUUAAUUCUGGUGGUUUAUCUGUCUACUCUAGCGGACAGUACAUAUAUGUAUCUACUGACUUUGGAUUCAUUGUGAGUUAUGGAGGCUCCUGGACACUGAACAUCAUCAUACCAGCAGAGUACAGCGGUGUUACAUGUGGCCUGUGUGGAAACUUUAACGGCCAGAGCAGCGAUGACUUCAUGACUCCUUCAGGUGAUCUGGUGCGCUCAGCAGACCAGUUUGGGGCAAGUUGGAAGAUUGAAGAUGGCCUGCCAUGCAAUGAUGGCUGUGGAAACAAUUGCCCAUUGUGCCAAGAUCAGACAACUGCCCGUUCACUGUGUGAAAUCAUCAGGUCCAAUGAAGGCCCAUUUAGCUUCUGCCAUGUUUCUGUAGACCCUCAAGCCUACUAUGAUGACUGUGUGUUUGAUGUGUGUCUUUCUGGAAACCGUAAUAAUGUCCUGUGUCGCUCAAUUCAAACCUACGCUAGUGCCUGUCAGGCUAACAAUGCUGUCAUCUACCCAUGGAGAGAAAGUGCAUCCUGUGCAAUGUCCUGCUCAAAUAACAGCCACUAUGAGUUGUGCGGAACAGACUGUGGUCAUACAUGUGCCAGCAGCAUUGAUGCUAGUUGUGAUCACACAUGCUCAGAGGGAUGUUUCUGUAAUGAUGGAUUGGUGAGAAGUGGAGGACAGUGUGUAUCAGUGGAGCAAUGCGGCUGCUUGUAUGAUGGAUUCUACAUUAACGUUGGCGAGCAGUUCUGGGAUCUAGAAUGUUCCCAAGUCUGUGAGUGUUUUGCUCCAAAUGAUCUGCGAUGCUCUGCUUACUUCUGCUCAGCAAAUAUGGAGUGUACGGUCAGAAAUGGACACCGUGGCUGCUUUGAUGAUAGCACCACAUACCUGACCACCACUAGUGCAAACCUUCCUGAAGAGAGCACUACAGACAUGACAACCACCACCACAAGCCUUCCCUCAGAAGAGAGCACCACAGACAUGAUCACCACCACAAGCCUUUCCUCAGAUGAUACCACCACAUACCUGACCAUCACCAGCGCAAACCUUCCUGAAGAAGAGAGCACCACAGACAUGAUCACCACCACAAGCCUUUCCUCAGAUGAUAGCACCACAUACCUGACCUCCACUACAGCAAACCUUCCUGAAGCUGAAGAAGAUCACUGUUCUGAGUUCAACUGCACUGAGAAUGAACAUUGUGAAAAGAAACAUGGUGUUUAUGGCUGUUCCUGCAAGAAGAACCAUCACAGAUCUCAUCCUUCAGCAGCAGACUCCUUUGACUUCACUGAAACCUGUGAAAACAGCCAUGGCUCCUUAUCACUGUCUCGCUGUCAGCUUUUUGAUGCUGGCUUUCCUUCGGAGAUCUUGCACCUCAAUGAUGCCAACUGCAAAGGAACAGUUCGAGAUGGCCAAGUGAAGUUUUACUUUGACAACAAUGAACACGUCUGUGGCACAAGUCUAACGGCCAAUGGCACGCACAUCAUCUAUGAGAACUUUAUUAAGGGAGAACCAAACACAACUGGACUUCUCGUUAGCAGAGCAAAAGCCCUGAAGCUUUCUUUCAGCUGUGUUUAUUUGCAAACACAAACACUCUCCAUGGACAUCAACCCUCUUGAGAGCAAAGUGCAUAAGACCCUUCCUGUUGGUCAAGGUACAUAUCGAGUUCGAAUGAUUCCAUACCAGGAUGCAGAGUUCAUCCACCCCUUCGAUGGUAUAGUGGCUGCGGAGGUGAGCAAACGCAUUUUUGUGGAGGUUCGCGUUGAUGGUGUUGACGACAAUCAGUUUGCCUCAGUGAUGGACACAUGCUGGGCUACACCUGUGAACGAUCCUCACGAUUCUCUCCGCUGGGACCUCAUCGUUGACAGGUGUCCCAAUCCAAAUGACGACACAGUGGAGCUGGUGGAGAAUGGCAAUUCCACGGUCAGCCGUUUCUCAUUUGAGAUGUUUAUCUUCACUGCAAACUCCACAAAGGUUUACCUGCACUGCGCUAUUCACCUUUGCCUUCUGACAGACAAUCACUGCUCAGUGAACUGUGACUCUGAACACCACAGGAGAGAAGAAAGAUCUGCGGAUAUUCAUGACAGUGCUCACAUAUCACUGGGUCCAUUUAUCUGGUCUGAAAAUGACAAAGAUUUGCUGGUGCCACGCCAAGUGCUAGGCAGAGCUCCGUAUCUGAGUGUUUCUCUUACUGUAUUGCUUAUUUCUCUGUUGUGUUUGCUGAUAUUCUUCUAGAAUAUUUCCACUAAGGAACUUUACAUGUUGAAUCUAAACUUUUUAUCUCUUUCUUAAUGAAUGUUGCACUAAUUCCACACCAUUACAUACUUUUUAUGUAGGACUUUUGGGUGUUUAUCUAGAAAAUGAUUAGUUAAUUUAAAGAUUUUUACAUUUUCAAAAUUGUAUCUAUCAGAUUGUUCAGAUUCUGUAAGUCUAUGUACAAUAAAGCAAAAAAUAAUGAGAUUAUGCAAAUCACACAAAAA